AUGAUGGUCUCCAUGCUCGGAUCAGUCGUUGUCUACGGCUACUUGGCUGCUUAUGCCUUUGCUGCCACCGUGCCCAUCGGACACUCUGGCAAUCUCACUGUCGCAUUCUUCUCCAGUGAACAAGGAGACUCCUGCGACAUCAACGCCACAACCCAUAGACUGGCGCUCACCACACAGACAAUUCCAAACAGCUACACCUGCUUCAAUGUCUCAGAUAUCUUUUCUCAGUCAAAUACGACCGGAUUCACCAAUGCCACCCAACACGUGUACAAUACGGAAGAACCCAAUGGUAUAUUCUGGCGCCUCGAGAGCGAAGGCAGCUACGACUCGCAGACCAACUACUCCCGCGUAUGGUACGAGCAGUACGCGCCGGGCAACAUUCAAGUUGGGGAAAAUGCUAGUUGGGUCGUUUACUUUUACGCGUUUCCAGACUGCAAGCAGCUAGAUCCAGAAAAGGAGGAUGCAGACCCUGACUUGAAUCCUUGGUUUGAGGACAGUUGCCAAACAGAGCCUGGUGGCCAGUGUCGUACGACACCCUACUCUGUUAAAAGUUUCGCCAUCAACAUCGCGGAAGACUACAAUAAAGGCCAUGGAGGGUGUGAGACCUGGGCCUAUCAGGGCUCCUCGGGCGCAUCAAGCUUUAGCCAGCCAUCUCGGACUGUAUCAGUUAUAUUAGGCGGGUUGGCUAUGAUUGCUACCACUUUGUGGUAA